GAAGUUCCGCCCUGACCUCAUGGUCGCCAUCGGCGGUGGAGGAUUCAUCCCCGCACGGAUGUUGAGGACUUUCUUGAAGCGAGAGGGGAGCAAGAAUAUCCCGAUUCAGGCGAUUGGGUUGAGCUUGUAUGAGGAUAUGAAUGUUGCGGGACAUGAGGAGGACAUGAUCGGCAAGGAAGUCGUUCGCACGCAAUGGCUCGACUUCUCCUCUCUCCACGGCACAAACCUCGUCGGCAAACGCGUCCUCAUCGUCGAUGAAGUCGAUGACACCCGAACGACCCUCCACUACGCCGUCCGCGAACUCCAAAAAGACGUCACCGAGCAAGCUAAGAAACUCGGCGUGGCUGAUGAGACAAAGUUCGGAAUCUUCGUCGUGCAUAACAAGAAUAAGGAGAAGAGGGCGGAAUUGCCGGAGGAGUUGAUGAGGGAGAGGUAUUUCGCCGGAGAGCAUGUUGGGGAUGCGUGGAUCUGUUAUCCGUGGGAGGCGAUGGAGAUUCGGGACCAUACGAAGAAGGCGGAUGCGCGGCAGGUUGCUGCUGCUGCUGCUCCCGCUCCCACACCUGCACCUGCACCCGCACAGGCUGAGGGAUUCGUGAAAAGAGAAUGCACCUUGACCCGCGACACCAACGAGACGAAGAUCAAGGUCGCCCUCUCCCUCGACGGUGGCUCCCUCCCCUCCUUCGACGGCGCCGCCAACACCGAACACGCCACCCAAGUCACCGGCGCCCAAUCCAUCUCCGUCAACACCGGUAUCGGAUUCCUCGACCACAUGUACCACGCCCUCGCCAAGCACGGAGGCUGGUCCCUCUUCAUCGAGGCUCACGGAGAUAUCCACAUCGAUGACCACCACACCGCCGAAGACACUGCCCUCGCACUCGGUGCCGCAUUCAAGAAAGCCCUUGGUCCCAUCAAGGGUGUCCGCCGUUUCGGAUCCGGUUUCGCACCCCUCGACGAGGCAUUGUCCCGCGCCGUCGUCGACCUCUCUAACCGUCCCUACUGUGUCACCGACCUCAACCUCCGUCGCGAGAAGGUUGGCGCGCUGUCAUGUGAGAUGGUUCCUCACGUCUUGGAGAGUUUUGCGCUUGCGGCGGGAGUCACGAUGCAUGUUGACUGCUUGAGGGGAGAGAAUGAUCAUCACAGGAUUGAGAGUGCAUUCAAGGCGUUGGCGGUUGCGAUUAAGGAGGCGAUUUCGAGGACGGGAGGUAACGACAUUCCUUCUACCAAGGGUGUUUUGUCGUAGACACAUCGUUAUGGACAAUAGGGGAUAAUCAGGGUAAGAUAGAACGAGUAAUGGCAUAUGGUUUAG